AUGGCGGUGUUCCACCUGUACUCGGCGCUGAACCUGCUGUGGAUCCUCUGCAACAGCGCGUGCAUCAACUUCCUGCAGUUCUGCCUCUGGUGCCUCGUGCGGCCGUUCGACAAGCCGCUCUACCGGCGGCUCAUGGGCUCCGUGGCGCAGGCGCUCUGGGUGGACGUGACGUCCACGAGCUUCCCGCAGACCAAGCUCUCGGUCUCGGGCGAGCUGCCGCAGGACCCGACGCGGCCCGUGAUCCUCAUCGCCAACCACCAGGUGGACGCCGACUGGUGGUACAUUUGGCAGGCGGCGCGCCACCAGAGCGCGGCCGGCAACAUCAAGAUCGUGCUCAAGGACCAGCUCAAGUACCUGCCCAUCAUCGGCUGGGGCAUGCGCCUCUUCCAGUUCCUCUUCCUGCGGCGCCGCAUCGACGAGGACGCGGCACACAUCAAGAAGUACAUGGGCGGGCUCAUCGCCGACGGCUUCCCCUUCUGGCUCGUGCUCUUCCCCGAGGGCACCACCAUCCACAGCGAGUAUGUCGUCAAGUCCCAGGCCUUUGCGGCCCGGGAAGGCCGCCCCAAGUUCGAGCGCGUGCUGCUGCCCCGCACCACGGGCAUGCAGAUCAUCCUGGACGCGGUGGCAGACGCCAAGCCCGACAUCUACGACCUGACGCUGGCCUUCCCGUCCUACUCGGGUGAAGUGCCGACGUUCGACAUGGGGUACGGCAGGAAGGUGGACACGGAGGUGCCGUCCAUGAAGUCACUGCUGGCGGGAAAGGCGCCCGCUGGACGUGUGGCGAUGCACUCACGAAAGUUCAGCUACGAAGACGCAGCUACCGACCUGCAGGGCUUCUUGGACGCGCGUUGGAAGGAGAAGGAGGAGCGACUCAACUACUUUAUUGAGCACCAGAAAUUCCCCGGGGACGACACGACCGUGGAGAUGGAGCUAUCGACGUCGGUGGGAGCUGUCUUCCGGCUGUGGCUGGGUAUCACCCUGUCGUGCAUUCUGCUGCCCGUGGUCAUGAUGCUCUUCUUCCCAUUGUAUUUCCUCUGGGUGACUUACUGCUUCGUGUACUCAGUGUACGACCGCACCACGAACUUUUGGUGGCCGUACAUUUUCAACCUUUUCCUGGAGCGCGCCGCCAAGACCCACGACCGCUUUAAGCGUCAGCAGGCCAAGUCCCUGUAAGGAGGGCAAGAGAACCUGCCCACCGUUUGGUCCUGUGGGUGUGUAUUUGGUGCCGGUGCGUGUUACGAUUGAAUUUAGACUCGGCGAGUGAUAUUGAAAAUUCAAAGCGUGGUAAUCGCAGCCACACCAAAUUAAUUAAGUAAUUUGGAUAGC